AUGAUCGUAAAAAACGUCCAAUUUAAAUGGGGCAAAGAAAUCUACGCCGUCGACGUGGACACCUCCUUACCCGGUUCGCAUUUAAAAACGCAACUGUUUUCGUUGACGUCGGUCCCUCCGGAUCGGAUUAAAAUCAUGGGUUUAAAAGGCGGGAAAACGAUCAACGACGAGACGGAUUUAACCAAGUGCGGGUUAGAAGAGUUGGUGAAAAAAGGGAAAAAGUUACUCGUGAUGGGUUCCGCGCGAGAAGUGGAGAAAGCACCGGAAAAUGAGAUUCAGUUCGUGGAGGAUCUGCCGGAAAGCGAACAGUACGGGGCAGAGCUAGGGGAACGGUUUCGACCGGGGUUGCAGAAUCUAGGGAACACGUGUUACAUGAACUCGUGCGUGCAGUGUUUGAGCCACGUCGGGGAGUUAGUUGAGUGUUUGGAAACGUUCGAGGAGGAUACUACGAACAACGGUGGUGGUGGCGCGAGCACGAGUGAGAACGACGGCGGCGCCCCGGACGCGGCGGCGAAUAGCGCGGGCUCGACGGCGUUGGCGAAAGCGGCGAGAGAUUUGUUCGUUGAAUUGAAAACGUCCAAGUCGAUGGUGAUGCCGUUGCGGUUUUUGAUGGUGCUGAGACAAGUCUUCCCGCAAUUUGCCGGUAGAGACGAGAGGAGUGGGGUGUGGAUGCAACAAGACGCGGAGGAGUGUUGGUCGUCCAUCGUGAACUCGCUCGCCAGGGCGUGUCCGAAAGUCAAGGAUAUUUUUGGGAUCACGUUAGAGACGGAGUUGAAAUGCGAGGCGACGGGGGAGACGAGGAGCGAAGUGGAUACGGUGAAUUAUUUGAAAUGUAACAUUUCCAUCGACGUGAACCAUUUGGCGGACGGGUUUCGUUUGCAAUUGAACGAAACGAGGGAAAUCGGGAACAACGUUUUCGAGGGCCACGCUAAAAUUUCAAAGUUGCCGUCACAUUUGGUCGCGCAAAUCGCGCGAAUGUAUUAUAAGGUGGACAUUCAACAGAAGGCUAAGAUUUUGAGAGCGGUGACGUUUGCAAACACGUUGGACGUGUACGAGUUUUGUAGCGACGAGUAUAAGAAGGUUUUGGAUAAAGGGAGGAAGUUGAGAGCGAAGGCGAUUGAGAUGAACGUGGACGAGGUGUUCGGAGAUAGUUCCGAUCCAGACGCGUAUAUUACCGGUCAUUACGAGUUGGUAUCCGUUUUGACGCACAAAGGACGAUCGGCGGAUAGUGGACACUAUACAGCCUGGGCGAAGAAUUUCAUCACGGACGAAAAGACGAAGAAACCGGUGGAUUCGUGGACGUUGUUCGACGACGAGACGCCGCACGCGAAAAAAGAGGAGGAUAUUUUAGCGUUAAAAGGUGGCGGCGAUCAUCACAUGGCAUACAUGUUGGUGUAUAGAGCGCUUUACGCGAAAGAACCCAUCGACGUAAACGACGAGUCCGGCGCGAAGCCUAUGGAAUAA